UUGGGAAGGUCUCCAUAAGUGGAUAAAAAUGCCAAAUCCAGUCUGAACAUCUGGCUGACGGUGCAACAAAUCACAAUAAGUUUUGUUGUUAUGUUCUCUUAGAAAUUCUUAAAUGCAGUCAUAGUCCAAUGGAAUUCAUUCUCGCGAACAUUCUAGCGAACCUAGGCCAAAGCCACUUUAGUAACAAUUGCAAAUACAAUGUCAGGCUCAAAAGAAUGAACAGGGUUCUCUCCAGCCUGGAAACUUAAAAACUACCCAUCCCCUAUUUGCCUUUAUUUACCGUUUUUUAAAUUUUAUUUUCUCACGUCAUCUCCCUCCCACCCAUUUUUGAGGGGUAACUAUUGUUUAUUCCUUAAAUUUAUUUCCAGUUAUUUGUGGUUAAUCAGCAAAUGUUUGUUUUUUAAACUGAAAAAAAAAAACAAUCCCUGAGCAUGGGUGGAUUCCAACCCCUCAGGAAAGCAAAACAUUGGCUUUAAAAAAUGUUGCUCUUCUUUGGAAACUUCGCCUGCCUGUUUCUGUAUCUACCAUUUACACGUGAGUAACCAGAAAAUCGAAGAACAGCAACCAACAACAGGAGGCAGCUUUAACUAUUACAAUGCCCAAAGACACAAUUCAGGCCAAACCAGGUUUUGAUGUCCUUCUACCUUGUUAUUUUGAGGAGUCUUCUGGGCAUAUAGAUCCCAAACGCCUGGCUGUGAUAUGGCGUGUGGGCACCAGAAUUAUUGCUAAGUAUGAAGAUAAGUUAGAAAUCUUUCACAAGGGGGCAAAGAUGUCUCCUGAAGGCCUGCUACGGGGCAAUGCCAGCCUCGUGCUUCCAAAUGUGCAGGAUGCAGAUGGCAACACUUAUGCUUGCAUUGUUAUCCACAGCCCUGACCGUGAACAACAGUCAGUAGAGUUGAAAGUGGAAGCUCCCCCACUUGUUAAACUUGGCUCCACAAAUGUGCAGUUGACCAAGCCAAGCACGGUUGCGUGUACAGCAACAGAUUUUUAUCCUGGCAAAAUAUCCAUGACGUGGUUCCGAAAUGAUAGGAUUGUGCAAGGCCCCGAACAGCCUCCUGCUCAACCCAGCACUGGCCAGUUGUUCAGAGCAGAAAGUAUCUUGGAGCUCAUACCAGAAUUUUCGGACGCCAAUGCCAACUUCUCUUGCCAUAUCUAUCAUCAAGCGCACAAAGGCCCAAAGGUACUAAAUUUCCGGCUACAAUUGCAAGCUCGCCCCAUCCUUCAGCUGAUCACAAGGCCACAGGGGGAGAAAUUUGUGGUAGCCGAGUGCAAUGUGAACAAAUUUUAUCCCUCUCAAAUCCACCUUCAGUGGUUGCAAAAUGGAGUGCUACAAGAACAUGUACAGUCAAAAGUACACCGCAUGCCAAAUGGGAUGUUUUCCAUCAACAGUGUCUUAUUCCCACAGACGAGUAAUGUUAAACUUGCUUAUGUUUGUCGAAUAGAACAUGAAGCUUUGGAGACCCCAUUGGAACAGUCUGUCCUUUGGCGGCCAGGUACAAGUGCAGUGAUUCCUUGGUUGUUGGGAUACAUUCUUGGACUUGGGUCUGGAUUAGCACUAGCAGGUGGCAUAGCAUACUAUAAAGUCAAGAAGAAUUCAGUUACAGGAACAACCAUUUAGAAAAAGCCUCUUCAAAAGACAGAUGAAGACUUGACAGCUCAAACCCCAAGACAGGAGAGACCAGUAGUGGGUUAAUACCUUCAGAAGAGUUUAAUGGUG